UUUGUUGCUCUUGUGUGGAUCAGCAACAUAGGCCUGCCCGGAAUCAUCGCCUGCUCCCGCACCCUAUAUACCCCGGCGCAAACGAUUCCCACUACUGCGCGCAUUCUUCCUCGACACGUCAACCAAAGUCUCCGGUGCUGUAUUUGACGCCGACUUUUCUUCCCGAAAGCAACGCGUCUCGUCUUGCAGCUCGACUUCAAAACCCACCGAACCUCCACUCGUCGCAUUCUCACUCGAAGCUUCACGCGAUAUCCGCCACACCGGCGCCAAUCAAUAUGACGGUUCAGGUCGUCCUCAACACCCCACUGGCGGAUGCCUUGAGCGCCGCCAUCCAGCCCAAAUUGAUCGAGGCCGGCUGGGCAUCAGGCUCCGACGACGAUGCCGCCCUUGUCGAAUACAUCAUUCUUAUGCUCGUCAACGGCCGGACGCAGGACCAGAUUGCCACUGAACUCUCGGCUGAUCUCCUAGGUCUGGGUCCCGAAGAUGCGGGCGCCCAGCAAUUCGCCGCAUGGCUCUUUGAACAAGUCGAGCAGACUGAUGCACAACUCAACGGCACUCAACCGUCUGGCAAUGAUGCCAUGACGGGCAUGUCUCAAGGAAAUGGAGACUUUGACACCGAUAUGGGUGCUGGCGAUGGCAAUGAACUGAACGCCCCGACUGGUCCGCGAUCCAUGCGGAAUGGUCCCAACCCCCGAGGCGGUCGCGACAAGCGGAUGCUGGGCCACAUGACCAAGGCUAUGGAUCGGUCCGGCGAUUCAGUUCUCCACCGCGUUCGCGGAAACGACAGAAUCAACUCUCACGGCCGAGGCCCACCCACAGGUCCCAGAGGCGGAAUGGGACGCGGCGGACGGCCCAUGAACAACCGCGGAGUGAACAUCCAAGCUGGUCUCAACGCGAUGGCAGGAAUGAACGGUCAACAUGGCGGCCCCCCGGGAAUGAACCCUAUGGCCCAGGCUUGGGGCAUGCCCCCGCCACAAGGACAGCCGUCACAAAUGGACCUCAUGGCGAUGAUGGAGCAACAGGCGCAAAUGAUGUCACAACUUCAGCAGCAGCUGAUGAACCAGGGCGGUGGGCGAGGUGGACGCCGCGGCGGCAAGUCUUUGUUCGAUCGCACUCAAAAUUCUCGCGGCGGUUUCCGACAACACCAAUCCAGAGACAAGCAAGACUCAGCAAUGACGGAAGGUGGAGAAGGAGACGACGUCGACAUGUCACAAUCGAAGCGCGAAGCGCCCAAUCCCGACGAGAAUGUCUGCAAGUACAACCUCCGCUGCACCAACGGCGAGUGCAAGUUUGCACAUCAGUCACCCGCGGCACCGCCAGGCACCACAGUCGACCUUAACGAUGUAUGCACCUUUGGUGCCGCAUGCAAAAACCGCAAGUGUGUCGGACGGCACCCAUCCCCAGCAGCCAGACUGGCGCAUCAGAGCGAGCAAGACUGCAAAUUCUUCCCCAACUGCACGAAUCCGAGAUGCCCGUUCAAGCAUCCCGAGAUGCCGCUGUGCCGCAACGGUGCUGGGUGUACGACUACGGGUUGCAAAUUUACACAUGUUAAGGUCAAGUGUCGAUUCAACCCUUGCAAAAACCCUCACUGCAUGUAUACCCACGAGGAAGGCCAGCAGGGUGUCUUCAAAGACAAGGUCUGGACCGCCGAGGGUGUCGACGACCACGUUAGUGAACGUCAGUUUGUCGACUCGAAUGCACAAGCAGAAGUGAUUCUCCCCGAUUCAGAGAACGCUGUUGGUCAAGAGCAGAGCAAUGCGCAGGAGGUGAUCAGCUAGGGGCUCAUACGGACGUGAACCCUCAGGAAUGUGGACUCCUAGUAAGGAGUUUCCGCAAUGCAAGAAGCGUUGUCUCUGGCAAUGAGGCGGACUAGAAGGCUGACGGUGGAUAGGAGGAGCAGCUGGCUCAGAUGGACGU